AUGUCCGGUCGGGAUCGCAAAGCCAAAGCCGAGAAGGCCCCCCCGAAGCCUUCGGCCGAGGACAUGAAGCCGUCGGAACUGAUGGGGGCUCUGACGAAGAAGACUCCCUUCUCGUGCAUGUUCAGCUUCAUGCCCGACCUGGUGGAGCCGCCAUGUUCCAGCAAGCUAAUCGUGGAGCCGCUGAGGCACGAGGAGGUGGCGCGGUUCGCUCUCACUCAAGCGGAGCGCAACCGGCGCUACGGCCUGCCCGUGGACCUCGUCGACGCGGUCCCGCUGUCCGUCUUGGACUGCUCGGCGUUCCAGGUCCGCCCGGGCGCGAGCGAGCGCGACUUGCACCCCGACGACCAAGCCAUCCUCGACCUGGCGGGCGGCGCGAAACGCCGCAAGGUCGGCGCCGCGGACACCACGCUCGCCACGGGCCACGAGUGGAUGCGCGCCAACGUCCCGGGCCUCCACGUCGACGGCGGCGACUCGAUCGGCGCGCGCGCCCUCGCCCAGCGCCUCCGCGCCACCAAAGCCACCCGCGUCACCCGCCUCGACCUCGUCGGGAUCAUCGAAGAGCAGUUCGAGGCUGCGCAGCGCCCCCCGAAGCACCCCACGAAGCCGGACCUCGAGCCCGUGGAGGUGCACAACAUCCUGCCCGACCUGCGCGGACUCGACGUGGCCGUGCUGCGGUGCGACGUGCACCCGACGCUCGACGCCGCGGCGCUCCGCGGCGAGCCCGACGAGCGCAGGCGGGCGCUUGCGCGCUCGGGGGUGUUUAAGAGCCUCAAGGUUGAAAUCGAGGGCUCGGAGGAGCCGCUGCCGUUGGUGGCGUAUCUGUGCAAGGAGGCGCCCGAGGUGCAGGACCCGGACGCGGCGAUCCCGGCCGCGGUGCUCGAGGGCCGCGCGACGUGGCUGCAGCACUACCAGCACUCGUACCGCAAGGACGGCCGCGUGCUGCUUCGGGCGGACCCGGACGGGACGGUGCGGUUCACCCAGGUGCCGCGGCUCACGGAGCUGCGACGGAUGCGGCAGACCGACGACGACGCGUUCCCGCGGCCGCGGCACGUGUCCAUCAAGCGCCGCCGCGUCGACGACGCCGACCUGGACAAGGCCGAGCGAGCGAGGGACGCGAUGUUUGGGGAGAUGCCGGAGGGUGCGGUGCCGAUGGUGUGGCAGGAGCUCGCCGAGGCGGACUUCGACGAGCUGCCGGACAGCGAGAGCUCGGAGGACGAGGACGAGGACGAGGAGAUGGAGGAGCCCGACGCGCGCGAGGCGGCGCCGGCGCCGGCGGAGGAGGAGGAGGAGGGGGAGGAGCUUGCAGGGGGUGCCGGGGAGGGCAAGGAGGGCGCGGCGGCGCAGCCCGAGAACUCCGAGGACGUGUACGCGGCGUACUUCGGGGCCGGGGACGACGAGGAGGACGACGACGAGUACGAGGCGCCUGCCACGCCGCAGCACAGUGGUGGGGGCGGGGGCGACGAGGGCGGGGCGGCGGAGGAGGCUGGGGAGGCGGGGGAGGGCGGGGGCGGGGCCGGGGACGAAAGCUGA